AUGGACUCUCUCAUCGACUUAUCGGACCCAUCCAAGGCCUUGGAUUUGUCCCGCAUUCGAUACCAGCUGAUCCGUUUGGAGGACACUAUUACCUUUCAUCUGAUCGAGCGAGCACAGUUCCCGCGCAACCAAACGAUUUACGUGCCCGGCGCACUCGACAUCCCCAAUAGCGACCUGAGCUUCAUGGACUGGUACCUACGCGAACAGGAGAAGCUGCAGUCCAUUAUCCGCCGCUAUGACUCGCCAGACGAGUAUCCCUUCUUCCCCGAGGCAGUCCAAAAGCAGAUUCUCAAGCCAUUGCACUACCCGCGCAUCCUGCACCCCAACGACGUCAACGUCAAUAGCAAGAUCAAGGACUUCUACGUCGACAAGCUCCUCCCCGCCCUCUGCCCCGAUUUCGGCCACGAAGACCGAGGCGAGUCCCAGGAGAACUACGGCUCCUCCGCCACUUGCGAUAUUGCUUGCCUGCAGGCCCUGUCGCGCAGGAUACACUUUGGAAAGUUCGUCGCCGAAUCCAAGUUCCAGUCGGACCCGGAAAAGUACACCAAGCUCAUCAAGGGUGAGGACCGCGAGGGCAUCGCCGACGCCAUCACCAACGCCGCCGUCGAAAAGAAGGUUCUCGAGCGCCUCCGCCUCAAGGUGCUUACCUACGGCACCGACCCUUCUAUCGGAGCCGGCCCCGAGAACCAGGCCAAGAUUGACGCCGACGCCGUGGUCGCCAUGUACAAAGACUUUGUGAUACCCUUGACCAAGGAAGUCGAGGUCGAGUAUCUUAUGCAAAGACUAGAGCCAGUAGAGUAG